AUGGAACGCCCGACUUUAAUUGCUGCGAUGGUUAUAUUUCUGUUCAUAAAAUAUGGUAUGACGGAUCGCGGUGAUUACAUAGGCUGUUACAAGCUCAAAGAGGACGUAUUAAACACUCAUACAGGACAGUCUGUAGAUGUCUGUCUUUCAGCGUGCGAACAAGUUUAUUAUAAGUAUGCACUCAUCGGCAACGGUUCCACUUGUUACUGUGGUAACGAACCUGGCCAAUUUAAACUCGGCUUAGAUUCUUGUAUUACACCUUGCCCUAAAAAUGAAACUCAAAAAUGUGGAAGUGAAAUCGCCGUAAGCGUUUACGAUACCGAGGUGACCAAACCCGGGCCUCCCAUGUCUAUCUCUAUUUCUAAUAUAACAGAAACUACAGUCCGUGUUCGAUGGAGUCCUCCACAAGCAUUCACAAGGAUCGAUGGUUAUGUCAUCAGAGCAAUAAUUGUUGAAACAUAUGCUGACUUCUUAUUAAUGCCCCUAGAGUGGAGAGUUGCCAAUGAUACACUUCAAACAGAGUUACCCAAUCUCCAGCCAGGGUCUGUAUAUAAUAUCAGUGUAGCUGCUACAAACUAUGAAGAGGAAGGGCCCAAUGUCACUACUAAGGCUGAAACUAUAAUUGGUACUCCGGAUCCCAGCCCGCCUGACAUUAUAAUUAAAGAAAGGCACGGAGAUCAAAUGUUAGUACACAUUCCAGAGGCCAAAAAUGUUAAUGGACCUAUAUCUAGGUACAGAGUAGUUGUGUCUAUUGAACUCUAUCAACAAGGCUUUAUAACUGAAAAUCUAGGAAACUAUUCAUUCGCCACUAAGGAAGAUUAUCCUUACUAUAUCACUGCUGAACUAGAUCCUGAAGAAAUUAAAAAUGAUUUCAUUAUUGGUGACAGAUCAACAUAUAAUGGUUACUAUAAUGCACCUUUACUCUUAACAAAUGAUAUAGAAGUGUCCAUAGGAGUUGUUAGUAAGAAAAAUUAUGUGACUAAAGUAAGGUAUGCCGAGUCCACUAAGAAAAUUAUAUUAAACAUUAAUGAACCUGAGGUAGUGUCACCACUGGUGGUGGGGCUUGGGGCUGGUAUUGCAAUAGGAGUAGUGCUCCUGCUCAUAGGAAUUGGAGCCCUGAUUGUUCUACGCAAGAAGAUCCACAUUAGUAGAAUGCAAAGAGGCUCACAAUCGAUGCCUUUGAAUCUCAGUGAACCAUGCUUGGAAAUUGAAAAUGCAGGAUUCUUACAGGAUGAAGAUGAGAGAGUGGACUAUUACGGCAAUUUGAAACGUAAGCUGUGGAAUAUACCAAGAAACCUCAUAGAUAUAGACAUCUCAUGUGUUGUGGGCUUAGGAAGCUACGGGAAAUUCACUAAAGGCAAGGUACAGCAACACGGCGCACAAACGGGUGGCUUAGUUCAAGUGAUCAAUGAUAGAGAACUUGAGAAAGCAGAGAAGAGAGUGAUGCUUCAAGAACUUGACUUACUUAUUAAAUCUUGUGAACAUGAAAAUAUUGUAUCACUUAUUGGCAUUUGUGAGACGAGCACCACAUUAUUUGUGGUUCUGCAGGAUACCAAAACGUCUCUUAAAGAAAUGUUGCUUCAGAGCAGGCAAAGGGAUCUCAAAAAUAAUAAAUUCUGUCUCAUAACAGAGAACAAGGCUCUACAAAUUUGUAUGGAUGUGGCUUGUGGAAUGGAAUAUUUGCAUAGUAAAAAGAUAGUACACAAAAGACUAAGUUGCCGUAACAUAGCUAUAAGUGAAUCUGGUGUAACCAAGGUUUCAGGGUUCGGUCUUUCCCACAUCAGGCCUCUCCAUGAGACCCCAGACUACACUCGCUGGACCUCCCAUGAAAUGCUAAAACAGACAAGGUUCAAUCCCAAAGCCGACAUCUGGUCUUACGGUGUCCUCAUGUGGGAGGUUUUCACCAUAGGAGCCACACCAUAUUCCCAUUCAGCUAAUAAAGAAGUGGCAGCUAGGAUUAUAAGGGGCAUGAGACCUUCUCAGCCUUCCUAUGUUGGGGAUGAGCUUUUCCAACUAUGUCUUCAAUGUUGGCAGGUGGACCCGGAUGAGAGACCAUCUUUUACUUCUCUAUUGAAUGAAUUGCUGCCACUAGCCGAGAGCCCGGGCACCUGCAGCCUUAGCUUCACUCACUAUAACGGCUUUAACUAUGAACCUUAUGUGCCACAGUAUGAGAUUGAGACGCCCUAG